AAAGAACAAUAAAAACAAAUAAUUUAUACAAUAUACGUUAUUUGAUUUGAACGUUUUACAAAAUACACUUCAUGUACAACUGUUAUUCUGAUUAACUUCACUGUUCCACACAAUAAUUCGAACGUUGAGAACCAAAAUAUGCUAAAGACAAAUCAGGGUGUUGUGGCAUAAUGAUGAGUUAACUCGUAAAUCAAUAUUCUGGUAAAUUUUUGUUUCCUUCAUAGAAACGCAUUUUCCAUAUUAUGUAAUAUAUGGGCAAGUGCAUUGAACGUUAUAACGUAGGAUCGUGGUAGACUAAUGGUACACUACGUAUCAUAUUUUAGUACUAUCAGGUUAAAACUACACAACUGCUUCGAAUAAAAACUUUUACAUCGUUUUUAUUUUGAUGCCUUAGUAACGGUUUCGAUAAUAUUUUGGACUUUUCCUAAUAGUUCACUUAUCUUUUUAUUUAUAUCUCCUCCUAUUUCUCUUUCUUUCACCAUCUUUAAACGUCUCUCUCUUUUAUAUAAGACAUUCAUAGAAGCAUAAUAAAUACAACAAAGCAAAAAGGUAAAAUGAGCAUUCAGUUCAAUAUGACUAAUGCUCAAGAGUUGGGGCAAGAGACUAUUGUGUGGGGCAUAUCCAAUUCUGAUGAUUCUCAAGGUGGCUGCAAGAGAAUCGACAAGCAACCGCCUCUAGUGCGUCCUUCUCAUCCGUCUGAAAUUCCGACAUCCGAUAAGAAAGCUUCAAAAGGAAAAAAGAGGACCCAAAGAAAUGAGAAAAAUCAUGUAGAAGAAUCACCCGAUCAUGAAAUACAUAUAUGGACUGAAAGAGAAAGGAGGAAGAAGAUGAGAGAUAUGUUUGCUAAACUACAUGCUUUGCUUCCCCAACUUCCUCCUAAGGCAGACAAAUCAACAAUCGUAGACGAGGCAGUGAGCUCCAUCAAAUCCCUUGAACAAACUUUACAUAAUCUCCAGAUGAGAAAACUCGAGAAACUUCAAUAUUCUUCGGCUUCAAACACAACAACUACUACUGCUUUCCCUUAUGAUCCAUCUUCUUCUCCUACAGUUCUCCUCACACCAAUAUCAAACCAGCCCCAUAUCCUUCCCGUAGGUGCCGCCUCAGCAGAUUCUUACUCCCGUGAAGCUUUAUUGGCCAAUCAGAUAUCUUCUUCCAGCAUGAACCUGCCCUACCCUUGUGAUGACCCGACUGCUGAGUUUGAUACUUGGUCCACACGUAACGCCGUGCUGAAUAUUUGUGGAAAUGAAGCUUUCUUCAGUUUGUGUUGCCCUAAAGACAAAUCAGGGGUUUUCACUAAUAUGUGUUACUUGUUUGAGAAGUAUAACAUUGACGUUAUAUUUGCUAGUGUCUCCUCUAAUGUUUUCCGGAGCACCUACAUGAUCCAAGCACAAGUAAAGCCGAGCUAUGAGAAUCAGUUAUUGGGAGAUGGGUUUGGAGCUGCGGAAAUUUUCAAGCAAGCUGCUCAAGAAAUGGCCUUAUGUUUUUCAUCUUCUUGAAUCAAAUAUGGCUUCGGUUUAAAUUUAUUUUCAGGUCAUAAAAUGAAUUUUCAGUUUUAAGUACUUUAGGGUCUUUUGCAAAGUCCUUUUUUUUAUGUGCAUGCAGAGAUUAGUUUGGACUUUGAACUUUAACACCCAUUAUAAGAAAGCAAAACAAGAAUAAAGAGAAGUGAUAUCUUCUUGGAACAUUGUUGUCUUAGUGCUUGUUCCCGGAAAUUUUAGUUUAUUUUUCCUUAAUCAAUGUAUAUUGGCAAACAUUGUCCAAUAGAAUAUAGAAUGCAUUGUUCUGUA